AUGGGGACUCGGAAUUUUGCCCUAUACCUGAUAAGCACUGCCUGCUUGCUGAACGUCUCACUGCAAGGGGAGCACCAGCGGAGGCUGUACAAAGACCUGAUGACAAAUUACAACCCGCUGGAGAGACCGGUGUUCAACGACUCCCAUUCCCUCACCGUUCACUUCAGCUUCAGCCUCAUGCAGAUUAUGGAUGUGGACGAGAAGAACCAAGUUUUGACAACCAACAUAUGGUUACAGCUGUACUGGAAUGAUUAUUACCUACAAUGGAAUGUCUCAGACUACCCUGGUGUGACCAAUGUGAGAUUCCCUGAUAGCCAGAUCUGGAAGCCAGACAUUUUGCUGUAUAACAGCGCCGACGAGAGAUUCGACGCCACCUUCCACACCAACGUCCUGGUCAACUCCUCGGGAUACUGCCAGUACCUGCCCCCAGGAAUCUUCAAGAGCACCUGCUACAUCGAUGUCCGCUGGUUUCCGUUUGACGUCCAGAGGUGUGACCUGAAGUUCGGCUCCUGGACAUAUGGCGGCUGGUCACUGGACCUGCAGAUGGUGGAGGCAGAUGUCACCGGAUACAUCGCCAACGGGGAGUGGGACCUCGUAGAGGUGCCGGGACGCAGGAACGAGAGGUUCUACGACUGCUGCAAGGAGCCGUACCCGGACGUGACAUUCACCGUGGUGAUGCGCAGACGCACGCUGUACUACGGCCUGAACCUGCUGAUCCCCUGCGUGCUGAUCUCCACGCUGGCGCUGCUCGUCUUCCUGCUGCCCGCCGACUCCGGGGAGAAGAUCUCGCUGGGGAUCACUGUGCUGCUCUCCCUAACUGUCUUCAUGCUCCUGGUGGCGGAGAUUAUGCCAGCCACAUCCGACUCCGUGCCACUAAUCGCCCAGUACUUUGCCACCACCAUGGUCAUCGUGGGCCUAUCCGUGAUUGCCACGGUCUUGGUCUUGCAGUACCACCACCACGAUCCCGACGGAGGCAAGAUGCCGAAAUGGACGCGCAUCAUUCUGCUGAACUGGUGCGCCUGGUUCCUGAGGAUGAAGCGUCCCGGGGAGGAGAGGGUUCGACUGGCCUGCCACAACAAGCAGCGGCGUAGCAGCCUGUCCAGCGUGGAGCUGAACACCAGCGCGGGGCCGCCGCAGACCACCAAUGGCAACAUGCUCUACAUCGGCUUCCGGGGCAUGGAGGGCAUGCACUACACCACCACGCCUGACUCGGGGGUCAUCUGCAGCCGGCUGAUGCCCGCGGGCGAGGAGGAGAUGUUGCUGCCCGGGGCGCAGGCGUCGCCCGUGGGUGGUGGGGACCCCGACCUGGCCAAGAUCCUGGAGGAGGUGCGGUAUAUCGCCAAGCGCUUCCACGACCAGGACGAGGACGAGUCCGUCUGCAACGAGUGGAAGUUUGCCGCCUCCGUCAUCGACCGCCUCUGCCUCAUGGCCUUCUCCGUCUUCACCAUCCUCUGCACCAUCGGCAUCCUCAUGUCCGCCCCCAACUUCGUGGAGGCCAUCUCCAAGGACUUCACCUGA